AUGGCGCUUGACUACAAGUGGGGCGGGAAUGUUAUCCGUACCUCCUUUGAGGAGCAUCUACCGCUCAUGCUCGACGCACCAGUGAUUAUCACAUCCCUCAGCUAUGAUCACUUUGCGGAAUUCCUUGUUCGCAGCCUCCCGUUCUUCAUACAAACGGGGAAGAAGAACUACGUGACAAUCAUCCUUUGCAUUCUUGGGCGCAUGGGCUUCUACCGUGAGCACAACAUCCCGCUUUACAAAUGGAUCCAAAACAACUUCCGGUAUCUCAGCAAGGAGGCCAUCGAACUCUGGCAUUCAGUCAUCCGUCCCCUUAUUCAUCCGAUGAUGCAGCAGAAUCAAGCCAAACAGCAAGUCAUGUUCAAAGCUGCCCUCCAAGAAGCCGAUGCUCAGGAAGCGGCAGUACUGAAUCUUCGCCAAGGCAAGCUACGGGGAGCAAACGCCGGGACGUCGUUGUUCCAAUUCCGCAAAGACCAGGAGUGCAACCUUCAGGCUGAGGCGGAUAAGCUUCUCAGCAUUCUUGACCAGAUAAUCGUCUACAACAGAGACCAUGGCGGCCCAGCCUACAAGAGGGAAUCAAGGACAGCUGGCAAGAAUCCGGUGACCACGCGGUUGUAUCGUUUCACCGCAGGGCCUGACGGCCUGCUGCUAGGCGAGGCAGUCAUCCCACUCACCCAGCAACGCCCAAAUGCACAAGGCCACACCGUAGUCAAGGUUGGAAAGCAUGUUGACAUUACUCGAUAUGCAUUCCCAUGCGACAACGCUGGUCAUAACACCCCCUGCCAGCCCCUUUCCUGCGGUUGUUGCCGUCACCGCAGCAGUGUUCGAGUGAUGUUCAAGCAGAGCAAGUGCCCAAACUGCUUUGCUAUCACAAAGGAAAUCAUGCAGGCUGUUGUCGCAGAUCGUAACAGCAAGGUGCAAGAGUGGAGUCAGGCUGGCGUUGCGGGAGAGGAAAGCGAUGAGGAGCCCUCUGUCUUUGACGUUGAUGAAGCAAGUUAA